ACAAACAAAAUUGACGUUAUUGACCGAUUUUAAAAGAAACGUCAACAAACAAAUUCAAAAACAAAAAUAACUAACGUCACAAGAUCUCUCCAAUAGGGCAGUUUUAAAAGUUACUUACAAACAACUUGUCCAUUUUACAAAAAAAAAAACGGUAAAAAAGUGAUAUUUACCCUUAUAAUAUCCAUUUUAUUUCAUAAAAAAAAAAAACAAAUAUCAAUACACAGUUGUUACAGGUUGAUGACAGCUUUUUGACCUCCUAGCCUCUCACGGGAUCAGUAACCUUAAAUAUUUUUUUUACCACAGCUAUUGCAAAUCAGUAGAAUAGGUGUUUAUAUCUAUUCAAUAUUGGUAGGAACGAAACAAUGUAGGCAACUCGAGAAAAUACCUUUCUCUUUAUUUCUUUCGAAAAAGCUUAUGAUUAUGCUAAUUUUGUUUCUACCAGCCUAUGAACGUACUCUACUUGCUAAAUAAAAAAAACCCCGACAGUAAACUGGACAAAUCAUCUUAAGCGAAAAGUCAGAUGAUUGUACAUCUGACUUUUCGGAUUUCUACAUUGAUUUAAAUCAAUGGAUUUCUAUAUCCUAUUUUCCCACCAUCAAUUUCUCACACCAAUAAAGCUAAGAAGUAAAAUCAAAUAUUGGUGUCUUAAUUAAGAGAUGAUUAAGUCACAAAUAUUCUUUUCCAGUGCGCGCUAACUUGUACCUACUCGAAUAUAUUUGCAAACAUUCGGUUAUCUACCCCGCAACUAUGAAUCUGGUCAGCAACUUUCGUUUAUGUUAUAAUUUUGUUGUACCUCUUUUUGCGGCUGGAGUUAUAAUGUCUUACGAUAUCUAAUAAUGCGAAACCCAAAAUAACGUUUAAAACUAAGCGCCGUAAUUUAUUCGACACAAACUUACUUAUAAGUACAGUAGUUUUGGUCGGAAUUUAUUAAAAUCCUGUCUUAUUUCCCCUUCAAAGCUAGGUAUAAUUUACAUAUGUUGAUGUAAUAUUACAAAAUCGCCAGACGAUUGCGGGCUAAAUGAAUAGCUUAUGUCCUUUAUAACCUACUUAAUGCGUCAGGAACAGAAAUUACUGUAAAACCUAAAUCCUACACAAAUCCUACACAAGCUUAGCAUUUCAUCUGGAUAAUACAUCCGUCAUCCUGCUCACGUUCAAUAAUUAGCUAGCAUGUAGGGUGAAAUCAAACAGGUAGAGGUAGGCACUAUAGGUAGAAGGGUGGUACAUGUUUCAUAGAUAUCCUGCGCGGGAAACGCGCAGAAAGGGAUGUUUACUCUUUGGCCUCGCUUCCACUCUCGUAUCAUCGAUCACGGGCCAUAACACCCCUGAUAACACCAUUUUAUACAAUGUUUUGACAUAUCAGUCAGAACAUUACUUAAAACAAGUGUUCUGUGUAUUCGAGUCGUAAAAAUUGAAGAAUAGGACUUUCAGGGUUAAAUUAUUGAUUAUUCGCAACAGAAUCAACGAGAUAUACUCAAACUGUUGUAUUGAACCGAGCUUACGACAUUGUGAACGACCAUUUUAUACUGUUGCAUACGUAAAGCUGAGAACGCAGGUUAACGCCGGAACACGCAAGAUGGAUUACAGGGACAACAUACAAAACCAACCUGAAGAACAAGAGACAGAAUUCAUAAUCGAUCCAAACGAGAAUCCGGCUCCGAUGACGGGGCCAGACCAAGAAGUCUUUCAUGUGAGGGUGCGCCCCACUCCUUCCGGGCUUCUUUCUAUCAACGUCAUAGGGACGCAGCCCGUUGAAGUGGUGCGACGAAACUGCCCUAUGACUACUGGUCUGAUUAGCCCGGUCUCGUCGAGCUCGUCGAUGACCGGCGAGGCACCGCAGUGGCCGACAGGAGAGUCUAGUAGGGAUGCGAGGGAGGCUAGGGAGAUGAGAGACAUGAGGGACCAGAUGGAGUCAUCUGACGAGGAAUACGCAAGGAUCGUUCGCAAAUCUGAGUUACUGGGAGCACCCUACGAGAACGCCUCACAGGGACACCCCAGUGACGAGGACCCGAUCGACAGCUUCAUCCACUUCGUGAGGUCCCUCCUCAGGAGUUUCCAGGAUGACGAACUGAAGCUAAAAGUAAUGGACGACAUUUCUCAAACGGUUAUCAAUGCUAAGUCUGAGGAGAUUAAACGUAUUAAAAAGUAAAUGUUUCUUGAUGUGGUAUAUUAUUGUUAGACGAGAAAUUGAUCAUCUUUCUUGACAUAUUGUAUUUCAUUCAUUCAAUAAAUGUUAUUAUAAGG